UGAGUUCUGGUGAUGAUGUCUUGUGUGACCUUGGCUGGCGAAAUAAUGCAAAACAAGAUGAAAAUGAUCAUGGCUGACUGUAGAAGUCUUUCAUCUAAACAUGCUUCAACCCAACUGAUGGCCCCUCAGCCUAACAAGGACUCGAAGGAGGUGGAUAUGGAGAGGAAGGAGGAGUUGAUACUGGCCAAGCAGCUCCGGGCCUGCCGGGUUUCUAUUCUUCCAAAGUCAAGUUUGCAAGACUUUGGAUUCCACCCGCCAAGUCCUCAAAAAGCUCCUCAGAAGGUUCCUAUAAAGAUUAAUCAAAAGAACCAGCUCCAAGUGCCAACACCUAAAAAGGAACAUGUGGAUAAGGCAUCUAGUCCUAUAGCAUUACGAUAUUGGAAUCAGUGCUUAAACACUGGGGACACUAAAACAACUAACAACGAGGAUGCACCUCCGACAGAAAAGAAUUAUGGGGACUAUUUAGAUUUACCCUGGCUGUCAAAGGAUGAGAGUAGUCCUAGUCCGAGUCCAAACCCAAGUCCUCAGCCAAAUCAACAUCAUAUGAAACAAAAUAUAUCUGUUCCAGAUAUACGCCGUCACAUGCAAGAGGUUCAAAGCAAUACUAACUGGGAAGAGAUUCUUCAAGAAGAAGAUCGAAGAAAGACUUCCCUUCAUCAACCAGCCUUUUAUAGAUACAAGGAAAUUACAAAAUUCAAAUCAGUUGAAAGGCACUCACACUCAGUCAGUAGAAACAUUACUUCCUCAAAUCAACAAGAAGUCAUAUCCACAAACAUGGUGAAAACUGACAUUUCAAAAGCGGAAGGACCCAGACAUGUGAACAAACCCAAGCCAGAACCCUUUAAGUUCCUCCAACCUCCUGUAAGAUCAAGAGCUCAUGAUGAUCCUAGCCCUGUCAUGGACAGUCCCGGCUCAUCACCAAGAUUUAUGAGAACCCCGUCCAAACAUCCAGAAAAUCCCAAUUCUCUGACAGAAAGAGUUCCGGUUGAGUAUGAACGCAUACUUAGCACAGCAGGUCAAGGGAUUAAGCGUGAGAAUGAGAAAAAGGAAGCAAAGAUGAAUAUCAACAGAUUUAUAACAAUGGGGAAGAUUAAGUCACUUGAUGAGUCCUCUCCCCCUGUACAGCCUAACAGUUACCCAUCCUUCCACAGCACUCAAUCUUCAAGUAACAGUCCUAAGACUUCUCAAAAAGAGGUUCAACAAAAUGUAAUGUAUACUCCCAAUACAGCACGGAAACUUGGACUUUCAAAUCCGACAAGAAAACACAAAUCUCUAAUUAGUGAAAAAGAAUUUUUGGAAAAGCAUUCAUUUUCUACAAUUGACUCAGAUAAAGCUAAAGUUAGUAAACUCAAUAAACAAGAAAGCUGUAGUAGUAAUUUCAGCAGCAGUGAUUCAGAUUCAGAGCUGUAUCCUCAUAAAACUAAUUCUACUGUAAGGACAAACAAUGUAAAUAACGCAGGACAGGAUGAUCAGAGCACAAAAGCUGUAACUGAUCUUGACUCAGUAAAUUUAGAAAAAGUGGUUUUAAGUUAUUUCCAGAAAACAGACCCAAAAGACAUCGGUGAAAUAAUUGUUAAAAAGCUUGAUGAAAAAAGAAAAAAUGCUCUAGGGCUAGUGUUCUAUAAAGAGAUAUCAAGCGGACUACUUAAAGAGAUCAUAGCUCAGGAGAUCAUGAAUCAAACAACAGAAGAACUGGUUAAUCUCCUCAUGAAUCUACCAGCAGAGGUUAGUGAGCUACUUGUACCUAGACUAGCCGCGAAGGUCAACUUUAGUCAGACAAAUCAAACAAUACAAACUCCGGCACACAACAACAACACGUACGUGCUCUGAUAGUCCUGAUGAUAAUAAGAGCAAAACCAGAGACAUGAAUGAUAGACAGGUUCAAGAGAAGAGUGAAACGAAAGCAGAAGAAGAAGAAGAAGAAAAAGAAGAAGAAGAAGAAGAAGAAGAAAAAGAAGAAGAAGAAGUGUGGGAAGAAGGAGAAGAAUGGGAGGAAGAAGAAGAUGAAUAUACCGUGGAAACUUUCGAUGGAUCGUUUUCAAUAGCCCUUUGAACUAAAAGGGCAUUGAACGCCGAAUUCAUAUUUUCUAGAACUUUAAACAUACUGACAACUUUUUGUGAACUUUAAAUGGUACUAUUUAUGUAAUUUUUUCAAUCCCCGAAACAUUCUGUUAAACAUUUCAGUCAAAAAGUUUAAUCUAUUAAUUAAAGUUACUACAAAGCGCUGAAAAAAAGGUUAAAAUUAGAUUAAAAAUCGUUUGCGCCAAAUGAAAAUAGUAAAAAGUUAUUUAACGCCAUUUAAUCUUUCGCGAUAAAUUAGAAUUUAAAAUUGAAUUCAGAUUGUAAUGGAAAAAUAAUGCAAUGCUCGGUGAGAAUAACAAUUUUAACAAUCUAUUUAACAUUUUUAACAGUUUAAUAUACAGGGUGUCCCAAUAAACAUGGGAAUUCAGU